AUGGCAUCCUCCCCUAGUACUCCCACCUCAUCUACUUCAAAGGCACAAGCUGUAGGCACAAGCUCCUCUGCUCCCAAAAUUAUCGAUGUUGUCCCACUAAUUAUAGUCCACCCCUUGCUAGUGAUUGCAAAUGUUCCUGUUGUUAACCCUACCCCUUCUAAUGUUGCUAGUACUAUCUCUGAGCUUGAACCAAGUGCCCCACCUAAGGAGAACCCUCCUAAGCCAAAAAAGAAAAGGGUAGCUAAAACAAUUGUAGUUUCAACCGAUGAUAAAUCAUCGGAUGACCCUACCCCUCCUCCAAAAUCCAAGAAACCUGCCUCAAAGAGGAGAAAACUUGUUGCAAAGCCCUCUGCUCAAGCAUCAUCCGUAGAGGCCUCAUUUGCCCAAAAUCCACCCACUGAAGAACAGAGCCCGCAGGCAAAGGAUUUUGAACCUAAGAAGAGAAAGACCCCUACAAAAGGGGCCACACCUAGGGCUCCUAAGAAAAAAAAUAGACCUCUGCGGAAGGGGAACAAGUUCUCGCUCAAUUUGAGCAAACUGCGGAAGCUUCAGUUCCAUUGGCUCCAGUGA